UCCGCACAGGCAGAGGAGCAUCAGCUGUGGUGCGUCGGAGAGUGAAACUUCCCUCACUCCUCCUCCUGCUGCUUUCUUUCUCCCAAAUUCCCUCCGAUACCUUUUUAUGUAAUUUCUCUCAGCAGCCACCGGUGCCUCCGUCAACAACAGGCGGGUACUGGCUGGGUUUUGCUUUAUUUUUUUGCUUUUUGUGGUCCUAUUUCGGGUCUAACCGGACGGGCUUCCUGCCCGGUUCGUUCAGGACAUCGGGUGCAACUGGAGUGACUCCACCAAGUUUCCCCCCCAUUCUGCCUGAGGAAUGAGAGGACUGCCGGAGAGGAAGAGCCCAAACUCGCAUGUUUGAAUGAACAAAAGAGCAGAAAGCGACGGUGCUGCCGCCGAAAUGGAGGAAAACACUCUGCCAGGAGCAACAUCUCCCCACUCAGACCCGAACACAAACCCCACGAGGCCUGACCCGGAGGGGGAGAGCAGCCCCCCAAAUACAGACAACACAGAGAGAAUGGAGUCUCCAGCUAAGAAGGAUACAGACCAGAGAUUGACUACGCCCACAAAAUCUGUCGUCCUCUCUCGAUCACCUGGGUCACCUGCAUCACCUGUCCGCAGGUCGAAACCUAGUAAAGACAUCAUGAAGUCAGAGGAGAGGCAGAAGCUUGCCAAGGAACGGAGAGAGGAAAAGGCCAAAUAUCUUGAAGAGCUCAGCAUGUUACAAGCUGCUAAAAAGAACCAGUGGCUGGAGAAGGAGGAGAAGGCACGGCAGCUGAGGGAGCAGCAGCUGGAGGAGCGCCGCAGGAAGCUGGAGGAACAGCGGAUCAAGGCGGAAAAACGGCGAGCUGCACUGGAGGAGAGACAGAAACAGAAACUGGAGAAGAAUAAAGAGCGCUAUGAGGCAGCCAUCCACAGGUCAACAAAGAAAACGUGGGCAGAAAUCCGCCAGCAAAGAUGGUCGUGGGCCGGCGCGUUAAGCCAGAACUCCAGCCAGAAAGAAGGCAGAUGCUCUGUGUCAACGGUCAACCUGCCCAAACACGUGGACUCUGUUAUAAACAAGCGACUGUCCAAGUCCUCCGCCACGCUCUGGAACUCCCCCAGCAGAACCCGCAGCCUUGCACUGAGUCCAUGGGAGAGCAGUAUAGUCGACCGGCUGAUGACGCCAACGCUGUCUUUCCUCGCCAGGAGCCGCAGUGCUGCCAGCGUCCUCAACAAUGGCAAAGAUGGUUACUCUCCUCUCUGCCCUCGUUCAGCCUCAGCCAGUCCCCUCACCUUGUGCGCCCACCAGCCCCACCACCGCUGCGCCGACCGCUGGAGAGUGACGUCCAGCACACCCGACAUCACCCAGCGCCAACACAGACGGAGCUCCACACCUAUGGAUAAAAACAAGAAAGAAAAGAAGGACAAGGAACGGGAGAAUGAGAAGGAGAAGAGUGCCCUCACCAAAGAGAAGGUGCUUAAGAAGAGACAGUCUUUACCCAGCAUGAGACACAGACCUGAUCCAAGCCCCAGUCCUUUAUCAAGACAACGGCCGUCAUCCCCAGCCACGCCUAAGGGCAGAACCGCCUCCCCCAGCCCUGCUGCCUCCCCCAAGCCUCCAUCCACACGUGGAAGCCCGUCGACUCCUAAAGGUCGGCCCAAAAGAGCCAGGACCCCUGCCAGGAUAGACCACCGCACCUCCUCCCCUGUUCCCCUUGAAAGAGUGAAGGAGCCGCGUAGGCCCGCAACUCCCGAACAGAGAAAGAGUUCCCCUGUGGUUCCUGCCAUUGUAGUAGCCUCGGCCGCUGCCUCACCACACGCGUCGAGCACGCCAGUUAGAACCACUGCAGCCUCCCCUUCACCUGAGCCGGCCCAUCCAGCUCCUCCUGCCCCUGCGUCCUCACCUGCACCGUCUCCAUCAGCCAAGCCCAUGGCGGGCACCAACGACCCAGAGGAGGCGGCUCGUAUCCUGGCAGAGAAACGCCGACAGGCCCGAGAGCAGAGGGAGAGGGAGGAGCAGGAGCGCCGCGAGCAGGAGGAGAAGGAGAGGAUCCUGAGAGAGGAGCGAAUAGCAAGGGAGGCAGAGGAGAGGCGAAUUAGGGAGGAGGAGGCACGUGCCAUGGCCGAGGAGCAGCGGAGGAGGGACGAGGAGCAGCGCCUGCAGGAGGAGAAGGAGGCUCUGGAGAGAGCCAAAGCUGAGCAGGAGGAGAACUUGCGCCUACAAAAACAGAAAGAAGAGGCUGAGGCGAAAGCUCGGGAGGAGGCGGAGAAGCAGCGUCUGGAGAGGGAGAAACACUUCCAGAAGGAGGAGCAGGAGAGGCUGGAGAGGAAAAGGCGUCUGGAUGAAAUCAUGAAGAGGACACGAAAGACAGAUGGCGGCGACAAGAAAGAGACAAAGUCCUCCCCUCCCACAAAUGUCAAUGACAAAGAGGCAGAGAGCAGCAAAGCAUCUGCUGAGUAUCAGCCAAAGACAGAAGUCAGCCUGCUCAACAACAAGACAGAGAAUGGACAGACAGACGUCAAAGAAAGCCCCUCAGUCCAAGUGGUCAACGGGGUCCAGCCUAUGAGACACGAGAACGGUCUGUCCGCUAAAGAAGACACUGCCCACUUUGGAGAUAUCAUCCAUCUCGCUAAUCACGGCAACACAACCAACGGAGCACGGGAAAAGUCUGAGACCAGCAUGGCUACCGAGCCCAUCCUCACGUUUGAAAGUGAGGAGCCAUUCAUGAAAAAGGCCGGCCCCAUGAAGCCACAGCAUGUUGCAGAGGUCCUGUGACACGUCCCAGUGUUGAAGUGCUCGUCGCCUUGGGCCACUGACCUUUUCCCAGCCCUGCCAACGCUCGCAUGGGGAGCCCUGUGACCUGUGCCAACCUUUCUCCAAGCCCCCGAAAGCAAACAUACGUCUCUCUGAAGAUGAAAUGGGCAACAGAAGAUAACAGCCAAUCAUCAGGACACAAAAGCAAAAGACAAAAGAGGAUGAAAGGUGUUGCCGCAUGCGACACGGGUGCAUCAGUGUUAACAUCUGUGAAAGAUCUUUGUGGCACCGAUUCCAUGCACCUUACUACUCGACAGUAUCAUCCUUUGUACAUUACAGUACAGCUGAGUAAUUGUUUUCUUUGUUCUUUAGUUAUUUAACUGAAAGAGAAAUAUAAAAGACUGGGUACAUUUUUGUGAAUAAUGUAAAUGAACUGUGUGUGACAGACAAAGGAGGGACAGGUCUGUGGAUUAAAGUUGUAUGAAAGGGAGUCUGUCUAUGCUACUCUGAGUAGACACCUCUGAGUGAAACCCAGGUAUUAUACAUCCUGGUCUGUAUAAAGCCACCUGUAACAGUUUUUGUAAAGUUAAACUGAGAAAUGUGGAAAGAGAUUUGACAUGCAAGUUCACACCCAACAGCUUCUUACUGUGUGUAAACAAACAAACCGUCUGUUUGAACCUCAGCCAUGAUUGAUUGUACGCAGAACUGGAUGUAAAAAAUGAGUGUGCAACCUUCAUGAUUAAGUAACCAGAAGUCAUUCAAGGUCAAAUCCCCAUCAGAGGGAUUUACUCCACUAUUAAACAGUUAAAGCUGUUGUUUUUUUUUUUUCUCUCAUGCGUCAUGCGCAUGACAACAUUUUCUCUCAUUUGCAUUGAGAUGCCAUGGACUCAUAUGUAUUUGAAAUGCUGGUGCGUGUCUAUGCUAUAAUUAUUUUGAUGUGCGUUACAAGGUCAGUGGGAGCAUCUGAAGUCUUAUUAAAGACAAGCUGUCCAGUC